AUGGCCGCGCAAGUGCUCGACGACAAAGCCGCCCUCGGGCAGCCCAGCACCGCGGCCACUUUGCCCCCGGAAUACUCUCGAGACGAGCGCGCUGAGCUCACCGAGUCGCUGCCCACCUACGACAACGCGGUCGCAUCGAGAGCGUGUGCCUCGCGGGCCUCGUGCGCGGCGGCCCUCGCCACCGCCGGCCUCCGACCGACACACACGUACCAGAUUGAGGCCCGGGGCCGGCCGCUCGUGGCCCUUCCCUUGGCGCCUCGCGCCUCGGCCAUCGACAUCGUGGCCGUGCUGCCCGACGGGUCCCUCGGCCCGCUGGCGUAUCGGUCUCUCCGCCGCGCACGCUGCUCGGGCGACAGCGUGCUCGUCCGCGCCGACGACCCCCUCGCACGAGAGGAGCCCCUGUGCUCGACGACGUACCGCUUUGGGCCGGGCCGCCCGCCCAGGAUCCGGCUGCAGGGCGAGGUGGCGCACGAGGAGGAGCUCGAGGUCACGGGCGGGGGACUGCACACGCGGGCGCAAAACAUGCGCACCCACCUGGGCACGUUCCAGUGGCGCUAUGCGAGCCGGCGAGAGAGGAGGGCAGCCGGGGCGAGCAGCCUGCUUGUCAUGGAGGAGGUUUCGAGCGCCGCCCCGGCGGACGGCAAGACCGCGGAGCGGAGACGACGGGUCGCGCAGCUCGUGCGGAGCGAGGAGCUGCGGACGCCGGGGACGACGCGGGCCACGGCCGGCAACGGCGGCCGCCUGGUCAUGGACUUGACCGGGUGGGCUGGCCGCAAGGCCGACGCGAGGGCCAUGGAGGUCUUGGUCCUGAGCGGGUGCGUCGUCAUGCUGAAAAAGGAGGUUGAUCGGAGGAGGGCGGCGCAGUUUAUGGUCUUGGCCGGGGCGGCCGGCGGCGGGCCGUGA